AUGGCGACCCCAAAGAAGGAAUAUUACCGCAAGCCCCUCCCUUCUUCUUGCAUCGAUUUUGCCUCGACGGAGGGCAAAAAUAUUUUCAAAGAAGCGUUGAAUGAAGGCACUAUGGACUGUUUUUUUAUUCUGAGUUCACAAUUUCGGACACAAGACGAACCGGCUUAUUGUGGCUUGUCAACAUUAGUUAUGGUUUUGAAUGCAUUAUCAGUUGAUCCGGGCAAGGUGUGGAAGGCUCCUUGGCGAUGGUACCAUGAAAGUAUGCUAGACUGUUGUGUGCCACUUGAAGUCGCCAAAAAGGAAGGCAUAACGCUAUUCCAUUUUUCGUGUCUUGCCAUGUGUAAUGGAUUGGACGUCGACAUGGUGCAGGCAUUGCCGACGGCAACAGUUGUCGAGUUUCGAGAUGUGGUGAAGCGUGUUACCCAGUGUGAAAGCCAAGUGCUGGUGUGUUCGUACUCGCGGGAAGUGCUUGGCCAGAUGGGAGACGGUCAUUUUUCACCAAUAGGUGGUUACCAUAGCGGGCGGGACUUGGUGCUGAUCUUUGACGUGGCUAGAUUUAAGUAUCCGCCUCAUUGGGUAACUGUUGAUGUGUUGUGGAGGGCCAUGAAAGGAUUGAUAGUGGAUCUUGGUCAGUGA